AUGCAGACGUCUACCUCAUCCGACUCCCUCUGGAUAUCCUCAGGCCGGAACCGGGACUCCUGCUCCUCAUCCCUUUUGACUGGAGCAUGCGAGAAGGACCUCUGCUGCUGGCCUGAGAACCUCGCCAACCCUGUCUUUUGUCCCGCAAUGCAUCUCUGCACCGCCCUCCUCCUCACCGGAGCACUCGUCGAGUAUUGUGAGAGCCCACUAACAGCAGCAGCAGCUCUGUUGGGGGUAGCCCUCCUCCAUGCGGGGGCGGCGCAGCAAGCUUCCCUGCGCGCAAAGGCGAACGGCAGCACCGCAGACCGGGAGGCCAUUGCUGAGCUCGCUCGUCAGAGGGUCUCCUUUGUCCUGAUCCUGUAUCUAUUCAAACACACACACACACCAAAAAAAAAGAAGCUAUCCCAGGCCGGCGUGGUUUCGUCGAACUGCGUGGCUCAAAACAGCGGUCGUCGGCACGAUGCUCCGUCUUUGAAGGCAGAAGAAGAAAAGAAGCUGCUGGGCGGAACCUUCGGCAGGGAAGUUAAGCCGAGGCAAGCCGAGGCAGCCACGCUUCAUCCCUCGGCCCAAGUUUCACUUUUACCUUAUGUAAGCAGCCCCCCCUUCCCCUUCAAAACAUCCUUUUUCCCUUUUUUUUUCUUUGCUUCUAACUUCCACGUAAUAAUAAUAUUUGGCUUUGGCGAAAAGAAAGCAAAGUCAACCACAGUGGACAGCUACUCAUCACUCGCCAGUCAACUCACUCACCCACUGCUGCGCGCGCUUUCACUGCGAUCGGCUGCUGCCUAUCACUCAGCAACUGCCACUGCCGCCGCGCCCGCUACGACGACGCGAGGACUCCGCCAGGCACAGCAACCACUGGCUGUCACUGCUUCUUUUUCUUCUUCUGCUUCUUCUUGCCUAGCUGUCCUCUUCUUUGUCACUCUAGUAGUCUAG